UUGCCGAGCUGUCUGCGGCGGCUGCGGCGCGUCUUCUCUCAGGCGGCCCAGGGCUCGCACCUCCGACUCUCCGCUCGCUCGCCGCCGCCAGCCGCGACGCCCCCGCCGAGCCGCGCCUCAGCCAGCCGGCGGCGGCCAGGGAAGGAGCCGCUCAUUUUCGGGGCUAUAACUGUUUAUAGAAGUGAAGAGUUUCUAAAGAAGGUAACAAACAAGAAAAGGAAAAUGCCGAAGCCAAUCAAUGUAAGAGUGACUACAAUGGAUGCUGAGCUAGAAUUUGCCAUUCAGCCCAAUACAACUGGCAAACAACUUUUUGACCAGGUUGUAAAAACAGUUGGUUUACGUGAGGUCUGGUUUUUUGGGCUGCAGUAUGUAGACAGCAAAGGAUAUUCUACAUGGCUUAAAUUGAAUAAAAAGGUAACACAGCAAGAUGUUAAAAAAGAAAAUCCUUUACAGUUCAAGUUUAGAGCUAAAUUCUUUCCUGAAGAUGUUUCUGAGGAAUUGAUUCAAGAAAUAACACAGAGACUUUUCUUCUUGCAAGUUAAAGAAGCCAUCUUAAAUGAUGAGAUAUAUUGCCCACCAGAAACUGCAGUUCUUUUGGCUUCGUAUGCUGUCCAAGCCAAGUAUGGAGAUUAUAAUAAAGAGAUUCACAAACCAGGCUAUCUGGCUAAUGACAGACUCUUACCACAGCGUGUUUUGGAACAGCAUAAACUGACUAAAGAGCAGUGGGAGGAGAGAAUACAGAACUGGCAUGAGGAACACAGAGGGAUGCUAAGGGAAGAUUCGAUGAUGGAAUACUUGAAGAUUGCACAAGAUCUAGAGAUGUAUGGUGUCAACUACUUUGAAAUCAAGAAUAAGAAGGGUACCGAGCUGUGGCUGGGUGUUGAUGCUUUAGGUCUGAAUAUUUAUGAGCACGAUGACAAGUUAACACCUAAAAUUGGUUUUCCCUGGAGUGAAAUCCGAAAUAUUUCAUUUAAUGACAAAAAAUUCGUUAUAAAGCCAAUUGACAAAAAAGCACCUGAUUUUGUAUUCUAUGCACCUCGUCUGAGAAUCAAUAAGCGGAUUUUGGCCUUGUGUAUGGGAAACCAUGAACUGUACAUGCGAAGGAGAAAGCCUGAUACUAUCGAAGUGCAACAGAUGAAGGCUCAGGCCCGGGAGGAGAAACAUCAGAAGCAGUUAGAAAGGGCACAAUUAGAGAAUGAAAAGAAGAAACGAGAAAUAGCAGAAAAGGAAAAGGAAAGAAUAGAACGUGAAAAGGAAGAGCUGAUGGAGCGUCUCAGGCAGAUUGAGGAGCAGACAGUGAAAGCCCAGAAAGAACUAGAAGAACAGACUCGGAAAGCUCUGGAACUGGAGCAGGAGCGCCAACGAGCAAAAGAGGAGGCAGAGCGGCUAGACAAGGAGCGCAGGGCUGCGGAAGAGGCCAAGUCCGCAAUAGCCAAGCAAGCUGCGGACCAGAUGAAGAACCAGGAGCAGCUGGCAGCAGAACUUGCCGAAUUCACUGCCAAGAUUGCACUUUUAGAAGAAGCCAAGAAGAAAAAGGAAGAGGAAGCUACUGAGUGGCAGCACAAAGCUUUUGCAGCUCAGGAAGACUUGGAAAAGACUAAAGAAGAGUUAAAAACUGUGAUGUCUGCGCCACCUCCACCUCCCCCUCCCCCGGUCAUCCCUCCCACAGAGAACGAGCAUGAUGAGCAUGAUGAGAACAGUGCAGAGGCCAGCGCUGAGCUGUCCAGCGAGGGGGUAAUGAACCACCGAAGCGAGGAGGAGCGGGUCACGGAAACCCAGAAGAAUGAACGUGUGAAGAAGCAGCUCCAGGCAUUAAGUUCAGAAUUGGCCCAAGCCAGGGAUGAAACCAAGAAGACACAGAAUGAUGUUCUUCAUGCUGAGAACGUCAAGGCAGGCCGUGAUAAGUACAAGACUCUCCGACAGAUUCGACAAGGCAAUACAAAGCAGCGCAUCGAUGAGUUUGAAGCAAUGUGGGGACCCAAACUGUACGCACUGUUCCAGAUGCGUUCUUGCCAAAGCAGCAUAAAGCAGAUGUAACAGGAUGGCGCCUCCCUCCUCAUGAGGUCCCAGGUGGCUGACCCACGGUGGGCUUUAGACUAAGGAUGUACUGAGACAGCCCUGAGUCUUGAACACAUACACUCCCACACUCUGGUAUCUCCAUCAACCAGGGCGCUUGCUGAUGCUCCUCCCCUCGCCUGUUUGCUAUGGGUUUCUCUUCCGGUUACUGUGUUCCUAUACCUUCUUCACUGCCUUUCCUAGGGUCAGACCUCAGGAGAUGGACCAGGACUUGGGAUGUCCACAGCCCUAUAGUCCUGAGCCAACAUCGGCUGAGCUUGGCUUUGAGAUGCCACUUUCUCAAUCAUACUGGAAGGCAUACGCUUCUGGAAAUCCCCCAGUUCCUACCCCUAACACUUUUUUUUUUCUGCAUGAUUAAUUAGCUCAUAAGAUGGAAUAAAUGGGAAAAAUUUUCAAGACUUUACAACUUUUUUUUAAAAAAGAAUGUAUGUGACUUCUCUUUGGCUUUUCUCUGAGAACAAACGUGAUGAUAUGAACCUCUUUCCAUGUGUAUUCCUGUGGAAUUUGCAGAAAUCGAUGUGACAUACCGCUCCUGUCUGGGCUGUUUGUAUAAUUGUAUAUACAUAUAGCAAUAAAUAUAUUCUGACGUCAUCUG